AUGGCAGUCAUUGGCGGCUGUUGCCUUCUUCUACUGGUUUUAUAUCAGUGUUUAAAGGCCGGUAUGUUUUUUAAAACCGAGCCACCGGCUGACUCGCCAGAUGGAGAGAAAGGUGGAUACGCGGAACUCGGCGAAGCGUAUGGCACCGAAACGGAUGAUGAUUACGUCGGGCCAUCUUCGAAAGCAACAAGCCGAAGAAGUAGCUUUAAUACAAGUGGGAGUAAGUCGGAUGGCGAGCUGGCGCUUGGUGACAGCGCUUCUGUGUACGGUUAUGGGAAAUACUCCGAUGGGGAGUACAGUCCUGCUAACGCAAGACGUGCUGUCUCAGCUUAUGGGGAAGCGAUUGACAUCGGCCAGGAGGAAUUUCUGUCAAUUGCUGGAAGGCUGCAAGUAUCGGCAAGUUAUGCGCCAACAGCAGAAAAGUUGGCGGUGACUGUGCUCCGGGCAGAGGAUGUUCCUACAAAGCACCGAGGAGGUGCCGCUACUGUUCAAGUUCGUGUCGUACUUCUCCCGUCAAAAAAACAACGCUUCAAAACAAAAGCAAAACCAGCUACGAAUCCGAACUUUCACGAGACGUUUACAUUCAGUCGAGUUCCUCAAAGCGAUUUGCAUGAAAGUGGCCUGAGGUUUAGAUUGUAUGGUCACGAAAAACUUACACGAGAUAAACUGCUAGGAGAAAUGACAGUUAGUCUAACAGAGUUUGACUUGGAAGGCGACGGAGAAGCGCUUUGGCGAACUCUUACCCCAAGAAAUGCCCUAAGCGUAAGUACAAUAUUAAAACGUAUAUUUGCAAUGUUUUACCCGUAUCUUUUGCUCUUCUUUUUAAGAGAAUUCUCCCAAUAACGUUUGUUAUUUCAGCUGAUCAAAGGGUGUCUUUAUUUUUCGUGACUGGUUAGUUGCCCAAGGGAAAAGUAAAAAUAAUACAUAUAUGGUGGUUUAAGACGAAGUAUUUUUCUCGUUCACUAAUAAUUCUUAAUUUCAUUUGGUUGACUCGAUGAUCAGUUCAGAAUUUUUAUUCGCUUCUUCCUUUAGUGGAAAUUACGGGGUUUUUUCUCUUUCUGAACUACGUGGUUUGGUUGAACCGCGUAGCCGAUAUUUCUUGUUUUUCCUGUCAGUAGAGACACUUAAAUUGUGGUCAGUAUUAUUUGAAGGAACACUCAGAACAUUACUGUUAAAUCACACUAAUACUGGAUAGUGAAUAAGCUGUAUGCAAAUCUAGCUAGCGAUUUAAUCAAGUGGAACCAAUGAAAAGGUGGCGUAUUUUAAAUAUCCAUUGUCCUUUGUUGGUGACACGCGUCUCCUACUAAAGCUAACAAUAUGAACAACGCUUAGUGCUUCGGGAGCGGAGAUUCUUUUGGCAGAAAGGGACACAACAAAACUCAUAAUCGCUUACAAAUGAGAAUUUUUUGCAAACCGAUCACUUUAUCAUGUUUAUUGUAGACGUUGUACCAAAAACCUCGCGCUAUAAUUAUUGGCCCACCAUUAACUUAGUUUGGAACGCAAGAAACUCACUGAUGCGAUUAAAUAUUUUCUAUAGCAAUCUUCUGGAUGCAUGAAAUGGUUUUCAAUCCUCUUUCACGGAUCAAUGGAAAUUUGUAUCAUUGUCAUUAUGCCUUUUUUCCUGAAGGGAAAACUGCGUAAAAAAGUUAAACAUUCUCAUUUCCUUUGAGGUAACCACGUCCCUCCUCAAGGUCUGAUCAUAAUCCUGUUUUACAGAAUACGAAGUUAGUAUGCAAAUCAGAACAAAAAUAUAUGAAUAUAUAUAUUUAUUUUUUGUUGUUAUGUCUGAGAUAUAUAGGUACUAUUUAAUACCAAAGGAUGCCUAGUCUGUUAGAGUGAAAAAGUGCUUUUAUCAAUAAACAACCGAUACAUUGAUAAUGAACUAAAGGUGUUUUUAUUAUUUUUCAUGAUCAUAUUUUUAAAAAUUUGUUUCUUUAUUGUAGGCUUCUGACUCAAUGUAUGAUCUUUCUGACACUGGAAGCGUCAAAAGUUAUGGGUCGUAUGGUUCUGUUUCGUCUCUUGCUAUGGCUCAAAGCGGUGCUCCAGAAUUGUUGGUUUCCCUGUGUUAUCAAUCUCUUACAGGAAGGUUAACAGUAGAAGUGCUGAAAGCAAGCAACCUGAGAAAUGUGUCCAUGCAGCGUGCACCAGGUAUGCGGAAUGAAUAAUUAGUGAAACUUACCGUUACGUUCUAACUUGAUUUGUCUUUUAUUUCUCAAAAAGCAACAAUAUAAACAGUGUAUUAAUAUCAACUUCUCUUCUCCUUUUGACCUUAAUUUUUUUUGGCAUGGAGGGUAUAGCUUGAAUGGAGAUCCCGAGAAAGGUGUUAACUUAGAAUACAGUUAUCGCUCUAGACAUGUAGUCUGCGAGGGACGCCACUGAAGAACACAACGCUUUAGUCUUUCAAAAACACGCAACUAAGCACUGUUUAGUUUUAAAGAAAUCGGGAAGAACAAAACGGCGUCUGCUCUUAAUACAACCCCACACAAACUUCACAUGUGGUUAAAUAAGCUGAGAAUUCUUAAGCUGAAAAGGUCCGCUUUUUAUGCCCCGCUCAUUGCGUCCUAAUCAACAAGGGGAUACUCUGGAUACUUUCCACGUUUGGAUAAUUUAAGUUUUCUCAGAUUUAACUUGCUUGAAAAGGUUUUAAAAAAUAAACUAAAAUCAUAGCAUUAAAAAUGGCGGAUAGCUCGCGUGGGAGGAAAAAGGAAAGAACACUUGGCAAUGACGUGGGACCUAAACCCACAACAACAGGAAAAAACAUUGACAAGAAAUGGGAGGCUUUUCAUCUGCCAUGCCUCCUGAAAAUGGAUCAUUAAUCUAAAAUACUUCAGUGGUCAGUGACCAAUUGCGCAUGAUCAAAUCUAUUAUUUUUCAACUGCUCCAUAGAAAACCUAAAGCCACUUCAGUGUUUAUAAUAAUAAUAACGUAUGUAAGAAUUUAAAAGCAUCCUCUUCAUUUACUCUUAGCUUAUUGCACAGAAGAAUCUGUAAAUAGUAGGAAUACUAGUUAAAUAGAACAUGAGACUGGGUUUUUUUUAAAGCAUUAGUAAACACAGUAACUAUGUGCUUAGGCAGUGUUCAUAUAUAAACUUAGGCGUAACCGGAAAUCCCGCGCUCAGUCUAAUCUUAAACUUUUUCCGACUACUACAUCAGAAACACAAACUCCUCCGCAUUACGCAGUAAAUCAUAAGCACAUUCAUCUCAGAAACGUAACUGGCGCAAUUUCUCAUUCACUACUGACAGAUUCAUACGUGAAAGUGUCUUUAUUGUCUCCAUCUGGCAAGCAAGUUGCAAAAAGUAAGACCACCAUUAGGAAGAGUAUGGUCGACCCAGAGUACAAUGAGAGUUUCAUGUAUGAAAUAUCCGAGAAAGAUCUUCACAUGGUCACUUUAACAAUCGCUGUUAUUGCGAUAUCAAAGACAAGGAAGAAAAAAGACAUGAUAGGAUGGUUUUCACUUGGAAAAAAUUAUAGUGGCCAAGAGGAGAUCAGGCACUGGAAUGACAUGAUUCAAGAAAAAGAACAAAAUAUUAGUCGAUGGCACGUUUUAGCUGAUGCAUAACCGCGUGUAAAUGUAACUUUAAACUCAGUAAACAUUUAAAAAGCAGUGAAAAAAAUAGAAUAAGUUAAGAUUUGAAUGGCAGUAUUCGCAUGAAGUAGAGGAAUCGAAUUUAUGCAAGUAACUGCUAUCAUACCAUAUAAAUGAAUAAUCUAAGGGUAAAAGGUUGACAUUCCUAACUAAAAUGAUUGGAUAAGAUAUUUUAUGGUUUUUUUUUAUUAUCAUUAAAUUAUACUUAGAUAAAAAUAAACGAAUUGGAAUUGCCAUCUUAAAGGAUUUUUGUUGCGAUUGAAAGAAACGUAUUCUCUGUUGUGUGUAACUAGGUUUGAACCAUCCAAUCACUUCACACUUUCAACUUUAACGUUCUACGCUUUAGCAUUCAUAUCUCUUUGCUUCUUAAAUAUUUUAUUUUUUGUAAAUAAUCAAAGUUUCGGAACCGCCUAGUGCUUUGCACCAUACAAUUAGACUAAGUACACAGACUCCAAUCGCAGCAAAAAUCGUACAGUAAUCGUUCAAAUGUAACAAACAAGUACUAAAAGCAAACUCUUGUAACAAGAGUCUACUGGUGAAUGAAUAGUUUAAGAGUGGAUAUCGUUAUUAUCUCCACCAUUAUCAUCAUCGUCGUCAUCACCGCCACCUUCAUCACCACCACCAGGCCAUCCGCAACAUCCUCCUCCUCAUCAUUUUUUGUUGUUGUUAUUAUAAGCUAACUGCUGCUGGUCAGGUACACUGAAAAACAAUGAAAAAUCAUCCUGGAACGCGGGCGUUUCUCUUGCAAAUAAAUCGGCGUUAUUAAAAGUGAUCAAUUAAAAAUAAAGACACUCAGUAAUAACAGCAGAGUUAUAUCAAGGUUUACUUUGUGUUCGUAGUAAGUGUAGAGGAUCGUUUGGAAAACCAACACUCCUUGAAUCAAAUAAUGAACUGUUUUUUUCAAUAAAGAUCAGACAAUUCAGCUUUUAGACUUCUACUUGUUGUAUGCACAAUUCCCAUGCACUUUUGUACCCAAAUGAAUGCCGGGACUGGUCUGUUCCAGCGGAAUCCCCACUUCUGAAUUGUAUCAGAUACUUAUAAAUUAUCAACGAACCAUGUGAACUGAUCCGUUGUUGAUCAAACACUGUAGUACACGGUCAUGGAACAAAACCUGCCCAGUGAAACCUACAGAGUUGAUAAAAGGAGGAGAGGAGUCAAUCGUUUGGUUGGAAUUGAAGACCGAACUGAUGCGGGGAAGGAGAAACCUUUCCAGUCCUCAAUUAUUCGAGCUUUAGAAUUUCAGCUAGACUUGACGAAUAAGAAAUACUAAUGCACGCACACGAACAAAACAUCUAGUCAAAAUAGUCUAGAUAACUGAAGCCCUACGCUCAAAGUCCUCAAACAAUCUGUUAUAAACCAAAUUUCACUUCAGUAGAAAAGGGAUUGAACUAAAAAUGGAAAUUGAACUCACCUGAAUUAAUGCCCUUUAAAGUGGUUACGUCACAUAGAUAAUGCCGUUUUAGGCGGUCUAUUCUGUGCUGACCCAACUUUUACUCGUUUCAAUCCAUCUCCAUCCUUGUCACCGGCUGCAACAGACGACAGCAAACAGAUUCAAUCUAUAAUUAAAGUCUUAAAGAUCAAAACUGGACCAUUAUUUUUGGGAUACAAUUAAUGCGAGGACAGGUUUUAACAGUUUAAAAAGAUAGCAACUAGCAUGACAUAGACCUUUAAAUCUUUAUUUCCAAUGUGAACUGAGUUGACCCGUGGUGACGUGAAUUAUUGAAUUAUCACAUGAUGGUCAGCGUCUUCAUUUGCAACUGGCACAGACUUACCCUCUGCUGCUUUUUUUUUCAGAUACCUAUGUUAAGGUGGCCAUGUUUAAUUCCAUUGGGCAGCAACUAUCUAAAAGCAAAACGUCCAUACGACGUAGCAUGUGUGACCCAGAGUAUAACGAGAACUUUGUGUUCCAGAUUAUUGAAUUUGAACUACCGAGCGUAAGCCUCAUGUUUUCUGUCGUCAACAUAAAGAAAAUGAGACGGAAGGAGAUAAUAGGAUGGUUCUCGAUGGGACGAGAUAACACUGGAGAGGAUGAAGAAGCCCAUUGGAAAGAAAUGAUCGAAGCCAAAGGACAGCCGAGAAAAAGAUGGCAUGUUCUUAGUGCUGUGGAUUAUUAAAUUAGUUUAUUUCUUCAAAUUAAAAAGACUAUUCGGCUACUUAACUGAGCAGUUAAUUGCAUAUAAAGAGAAAACUACCCUAGACUUCUAUUUAUUUGUUCAUUAACUACAGUGUUUAGUUUUUUGUUAAAGAACAAUUAUUUUUAUUAUUAUUUAAAGUAAACUACUUUUUUAUUUGUAGGAGUUCGUUCUAAAAGCUUUCAUUCACAUUUUUUGUAUUUUUUUGGAGAUUAAAUGUGUUCUGAACUGUCGCAAAUGGUAAGACAUUGCUUGCAAAGAGAGCAAUGGAGCGUUUGCACAAAAAUAAAGCGGUGGUCUUGACAGAGCAUGGCAGACCGGAGAUACGUCACAAAGUAAAUCAUUCUAUAACUUAAUUAAGCCAGCAAGACGGCCAUUAUGACUGCAUAACAACAGCGGUUCUAAAUUGCACCCACUUAUUAAUGACCUGAUCGCAAAAUUAAGUUCCCUGAAUAAAGAAAAGGAAGAAC